AUGUCUUUACGAAAUGAAGAUAUAUCAUGCAAUAAUUCUUGUAUAAUGUGUGAAUUAAAAGUACCUAUGCAAAAUAAAAAAGCCAAAAGACUUGCUAAUAUAUUUGAUGAAAAUAACUAUCGAUUUGGAUUAAAAAAAUUUUAUUAUUUUGGUCAUAAACAUUUUAUUGAUGUGAAAGCUAUCAAAAGAUGUGUUGG